GGUAGGUACACUCGUCGCUGUGUUCUCGUCGCGUGCAAACAUUCGUUCGUCCGUAUGAAAUUGAAUAUGUAAUAGUGUAAAAAUCAAAAAUAUUGUUACUUGAAAGCCAAAUCUGUUGGUUGGUGGUCAUGGUACAAUAAUAAUAACCAUUGAUUAUUUUGGUUUUGUAAUCGUAAGGUGUGAGAGAAACAUUAAAAAAUUAAUACCCAAAUCUAUAAAUAUUUGCGAGAUUUCGGAAUGUUUGUUGUAUACCCAUAAUUAUAGUGUCUCGUGUUAGCUAUAGCCUCGUGUGCGAAAUCGUAUGGCCUACGAGGCCACGUAGACCGCGCGGCUGCAGUCCCGUCUGUGGCGUCAGUGGUGGUCGUGGUGGCUACGUAAAGAGUGACUAUGGAACUCAAGAUCACGUUUCGUACAUCUUAUUGUGAACGGUGUAGAUGCCAUAAUGCUUCAAAGAUCUCCAUCAUCAAGAAAGCGGCGUGCUGUCAACAGUGAUUCACGCCGAACAAGUGUGGCGUUUAAUUUAGAAAGUCAGUCAACGAGACUUACAGAAGGAGGAAGGCAACAGCAGUUACCACAACAUAGAAGAGCUAGUAUAGCAGCUACGUCACCUUCUGAUGGAUUCGAAAUGCGGCAAAGAACUAGAGUAUCGCCGGAAGAGGAGUUUUUUGAAUAUACACAUAAACGAAGUCCCAGACCGAGUUUUGUAUCUGAAUCUAAAGUACAAUAUAUUGAUAAGAGUCCUAGAAAUAGUUUGGUUCCAGAUAUGUCAAGAAGUCCGCGAACGAGUUUGGUACCAUCAGAUCAUCGAAAACCUCCACGAUUAUUACCAGACGAACAACAAGAAUCAUAUACACGGUCUAGUUCUUCAAGGCUUGAAGUUGAUAUCAACCGGAGUCCUAGGCAUAGUCUUACAUGUGAGCAUCCAGAUCCAAGAAGCCCGAGAAGUCCGAGAGGUAGUAUGGUGCCAGAGGAUGAUUAUUCGGAAUUAAGGUCUGGACUGCGAUUAGACGUGGAGAGUUUCAACCGAAGUCCAAGAUCAAGUACUGCCGGCUUAGAUCCAUCUAGAAGUCCAAAAAAUAGUUUAGUACCAGACUCAAGUCGAUCACCUAGAGGAAGCAUUGCUUACGAUUUAAAUCGAAGUCCUAGAGGUAGUUUGGCAGUGACACCUGAUACCAAUCGGAGUCCUAGAGGUAGCUUGAUACCAGACCCCGGAAAAAGUCCCCGAGGUAGUGUAGUAUCAGAAGGUGCGUAUAAUAUGAGUCGGUCAGCUAGGAGCAGUAUACCGAUGGCCGAAUCUGCAUCUUUGGGAAGAACACCAAGAGGAAGCAUUGGCUCAGUGUCAUGCGUUCAUUUCGAUCCACAGUUAAAAUUAACCAGAAAUUCAACCGAACCAGGAAAUGGAUCUCCAAAAGGAACUCUUAAAGACUCUCAAAGAAGUUCGUCACCGUAUAAGAAUGCACAAUAUACACAAAAACAGAUGUUUCCUGACGAAUCAAGAAGAGCUAGUAGUAGCGUUAGUCAAGUUUCUGGUGACGAGAGGAAACGGUUGUGUGAGCAUGUUAAACCUUGCGACAGUGGCCUAACCGUCUAUGGUUCGUUGACAUAUCAAUUAAACCAUGCAAAUAUGGAGUCGACGGGCAUAUUCGAUUUUAUUAUAAAAGCACUGAGUAUUAUUCACAGAACAGUGAUAAUGACGGUAAUUUUGUCCAUUUUCACGGUGGUGCCUUUAAUUAUGUUCGUUGUUGGCGUGGAGUUCGUGCGCGAUUGCCCCCGCGAACCGCACAUACCCGUGUACAUGAUCGUGGGCGGCAUAUUCGGCAUGAUCAAAAUGGUGUGGCUGCUGUGCCGGCAGGUCAAGUCGCUGCGGUACAACAAGCGCCGGCGGCCGGACAUGGGCACGCGCGAGGACAUGGUGUCGUCGAUGGGGUCGCGCAUAGCGUCCGUCGGGCUGGCCGCGUUCCUGGCCGGUUGGUUCGCGCUGGGCAACUAUUGGAUACUGUCCGUGUACUGGCCCGACUCGGAACCGUCGUCGCUGUACGAGCCGAACGGCUGGUGCAACCGGACGCUGUACGUCACCAGCCUCGUCCACCUGGCGCUCGUGUACGCGGCCGGCGCCGUCGUGCUGGUCGCCGUCGUGGCCGUGCUGGUGUUCCAGCGGUGCGCGUUCCGGUUCAAAUAGCAUACGGCCACCACGGCGCUGUACGGCUGCCCCCACGGCCACCACAACAGCCGCCGCAUGACCAUUACCGGCAUAUUGCCGUACAGCGCCAUACACAUCAGCGUCACCAGGCCCGUCGACGACGUGGCCCUCUAGAGCGUCGCGGCCGCCGCCCGUCUGCCGACUUCUCGACCGCCGAUGCCUCGGACGGCGGUCGUCUACGCGGGUUGGCGAGCGUGGCUGCUGCAGUGUCGUGUGAUGCAUCGUCGCGGUAUUGUGCAGAUGCGCUCGGCGGCUCGCAGCGGCUACAGCGUAAGUAUAGGGACGCGUCGCUGCACCGUUCCCGCGACGUUCCAAACACGUGCAUUUACGAGUUUUCCAGUACAACGAUUCGACGCACGAUCGUCUGUACGCCUCUCAUCCCCCUCCUCAUUCCCUUCCAUCACCCCGUCCCGAGUACGCGAGUUCUGUUUUACUUCGGUAACGCGGUGGAUCGUCGAACGGCGACGACGAGCAGCGAGACGACCCGGAUUAUUGUACUGGAAAUCAAAACUCAUUUACGGUUACAGAUAUUAUCAUGUAUUAUAAAAUGUAUAUGUAUUAUUAUUAUGAUAUCAUUUGUUGCGACGAUUUUAAAAUUAAUAUUAUUUCAUCUCGAAUAAUGACGUGCAAAACCACAGAACUCAUCCUGUGCAUUUGUGCGCGGCGGUGCCAAGAUCCCGCCACGGCCGUAUCGGCGUUCGCGGUUUUAGACUAAACUCGCGGCAAACGCCUCUUAAUCGGAUAGAUUACGGUUGAGAAAUCUACAAAGAUUAUAAUUGUAUAUGACGUCGUGUACUUUGCGUGUACAGUGUAACGCUUGCUGGUUGAGUGUCAUUCGUAAAGGCGUCCUUUGUGUGUUCAACUACGUAUUAAUACGGUCGUCGCAUUAAUACGAUCGUCGCGUCACGCGUCGUUACGCAAAGCCGUCUCGCUCGCAUCCAUGUUAUUAUCAUUGCCGUUAGGUAUUUACCAGAGUGCGGCGAUUAUGUCAUCAUAUGUGCGACAGUCGUCACGAGUUGUUUCGCUCACCGUCAAACACGACCGAUGUGUUUAUCACACACGCAGACGCGUAUAAUUCAUUAAUUAUUAUUAUCUGUUUCCGCGCCGAGCAACAUCAUUUAUCGGCCUUGUUCUGUACCCGUACGAGCGACCUUUUCCUCCUAUUUCUGAUUUACGUUUUCCGUCUGCGAUCCCGAACGAUUAUUAUAUAAUUAUUAUAUUAUUAUUGCUCACAGUUUUCUAUUACGAUUUGUCCGCGUCCGUGCGGCAGGUACGUUUAGACUGGAGUAGACCCUGCUACGUAAAGUUCAAUUGUAAAUAUUUUGAAAUUAAAAUAACUUAUUUUCGUCGUUCAAACAGUCGAGAAAGUUUUCGAGUUUACGCAAGCGGCGGCGGCGGCGGCGGGUAGAAGAAUAUUAUACGAGUGGGUAGGAGGUAUAUGCGUAGUUGGAUGGCGGAUAAUAUUAUAAUAAUAAUAUGUAGGUAGGUACAAUAAACACGGCGAGAUACCAACUUUAACUGUAAUUUAACGAAUUCGCGUCGCGAUAAACGUCGUUUUCCAUUCUUGUUGCAAUCGCUCAGAUAAAUGCGUAUUUUUUUUCAAAAUCCAAAACCAUAUUAUCGUUUGACUUCUAUAUAGUAAUAACACGUAGGCAACACACCGACCCCAAUCCUCGUGUCUGCUUGCUUUACUGCUCGCGCGGUGCAAUGCUCACUGAAAAACCAAACUUCUUGUUAUUCCCACGCCGUACGUUAUAGUUUACCUAUUAUAUUAUUGUGUUAAAACGUAUCAUAUUAUAUUAUGAGAACACGCGUGCACGUAUGCUAUUUUAUUUGUCGUUCUCGUUCGUUUUGUUCCUUUAUUGUUAUCGUUAUUUUUAUCGUAUAAAUUAACGUUUUAAUUAUUGAAACCGUUUCGCCCUUUUCGAAAUCCUUAAUGCUGUACUUAAAAGUUUGGUGCCUAACACGUAUUAAACGAACUGAAACCACUCUAAAAAUGUUUAAAUGCGUUUCGUCGUUCAACCGAUUUUAUUUCUCUUCGCAUUUAUAUUAGGUAUUCAAUACGUUUCGAUUGAUAACCUUAUUGUCGUAAUAUUAAAUUUA